UGUGAUUGGUGGAUGUUUAAUCCGCCCCGCCCAUCAUGUUAGUGCCUGGCAUUGAGAAAAUGAAGUAAAUCGAAAAGGAUCAACAAAGUUUUUCACCGGGACAAAAAAAAUGCCGAAGCUACCGGUCAUGUUCACUCUUGCUCACUCGCAGACAGAUGCUUUCAUGAAGGACACAGCUCUGUGAUUCCUGAGUUUAAGCUGGCAUACAUAAUACUCUUUUGCCCACUGCUGGAAGGCUGCAGGGCGUGCCACAAUGCCAGAGAUAAUACAGAAUCAAGCAGAAACUACCCAGAAACCCAUCCGGAGGAAAAAAAACAAAGAGACGCACAAUGCGGUCGAAAGGCACCGCAAAGAGAAGAUCAAUGCUGGUAUCAAACGAAUUGGAGAUCUCUUGCCUUGCUCUCAAGCCUUAAAACAGAGUAAGAAUAUGAUUCUGGGGGAAGCCUUUCGUUAUAUCACUGAGCUUAAGCAACAGAAUGAUGAAAUGCUGCUCAAUGGAGGAGACAAAGUUCAAGCGGAAGAGAUAAAACGCCUACGACAGCAAGUGGAGGACUUAAGAAAGGAAAGCGCUCAUUACAUUGAGCUUCUCAAAGCAAAUGGGAUCAACUUUCUAGAUGAUCCCACUAUCCACUGGAAGGGCAAGCAGAGCUGUGCUAAAGUAGCCAAAAUAACACCAACUCACUUAAUGUCGAAGGAAAUAAUUGUGUACUCUAAUGAGAAUCUGGCUUCUUCAGCAAGUAAAAUAUCUGCUCCUUCAAAUCCUGUUUCUCAUUUGAAUAAGCAGCCAGUAAAUGCUUUGACCAUCCAACCAUCAAGCAAUGUUCAAAUGGGUCCAGGUCUUGGUGUUCCAAACGGAACACAAGUCAAUGAAAUGACAGUCUCGUCUGCUACAUCGUCACAGAUUCCCCUAGCAACUCUUAUUCCUGCUGUGUCCAAGCCCCAUCUCACAGUCGUGGAGCAGUAUGCUGCUGUGGCACCUGUUGCUCCAAAAUUGCCCCCUCCUGGGAACUUUGUUACUCUUCAAGGAUUAUGUCCCAAGCUUGCAGUCACUGCACCUAGUCCUCAACAAACUCAGCCAGCCAAGCCUACACCAACUAUUGCAUCUUCCACUAGUUGCACAAUGCCUGUCCAACUUCAGCCUGUAUUUAAUCUGUCCUCCUUUCCUCAAACUGUGGUCAGUAACACACUUGUUUCCGAUGCAUCUUCAGUGCUGCCACAGGAUACUGAAAGCAUGUCUCUGGUUCAGACAUUACCAGGCAACUCUGCUCAUCUAAGGACCAGUGCAGCUAGCAGCACACAGACUACAUGGACAACGCUACAGCUUACUGGCAACACGGUACAUCCUGUCUGUCGAUCUUUGGCCACAGAAGCCAGUAACUCUGGGCAUAAUAUUUCACAACUGUCAGUAUGUCCUGUUGUGGCAAAUCCCCAAGUUCAUCCCAUUCCUCUUCAAGUGCAAACGCAAGUACCUAUGCAACUGCAAACCCCUAAAUCGACAUGCAUACCUGUUCGGCCUAACCCUCCCCAGUUGUUACCAGCUGUGCUUCCCUGUCCUCAAACACCUGUUACUCAGGCAUCACUUAUAUCCCAGACCUCUGUGGUACUUCAUCAACCACCUCUUAUAUCCCAGACAGGGUUAGCUCAACCUACAAUUUUACCCAAACCAAUCCCUCCAUCAACUCAGUCUCACACAUACCCUGCCAUACAACCCAAGCUUCAUAUCCAUCAUACCAUGCCAUCUCAGCAUGAACUGCAACCCACUAUACCAUCACAGUCAGCUGUAAUACCCCAGCCCCAGUCUGCAAUUGUGCCUCCUGUUCAGCAAAUACUUGUGCCCCAGACUCAAACCACCACAUUGCCAGUACUUCAAACAAUGCAGGUUGUGCAAAUGAAUUCGGAUGGAACCCCAGUAAUUGGGACAUCCCUGCCUCAAAACAAUCCAAAUGUUGUUAUUUUGCAGCAGGCUAAUGCAUGUCCGGCACCACAAGUAAUUAGAGAAGAUGUAACCAAUCAAGCAGCAUGUCAGCACAUUGUUAUAAUCCAGACACCAACAAUGGCACCUACUCAACAGAACCAUCAAACUAGCAUAGUGCCAUCUGUAGUUACCACGUUGGCUAAUCAAAUUACCACCUCCAGCAAUCCCUGUCCCAUUACUGCUCAGUCUAAACAGCUGGUUCACAUCCUUCCACGUCCUUUAGCACAGGCUCAGACACCGGCACCUCAGACUAUCACUGUGAAUGGACAGGUUUAUGUCUUACAGUCAGUGAAAUCAGCAGACCCUGGGAGCUCUCAGGUUAGCCAAAGUGCUACACAAAUUAUUCAACCCACCUGUGAGGAACCGAACACCAAUGUCACAUUGAAUUGUUUGGGUGCCCUUACUAGCCUUAGCCAGAGCAUUUCACAAGUUCCCAAUCAAAGCAAUUCACAAGUGUCCAAACAAAGCAAUGUACAACUGCACAUUUCUCAAUCUUCAGACACUACAGUGCAGUCUUCGAUGUCCAAACUGGCUUCGGUACCCACUACAUCCAAUGAAUCUGUUCUACCCUCUGUUGUACCCGUGUCAACACCAGUAAGUUGUGCAGUUAACAUUCUGCCAAAGAAGACAAAUGUAGCUGCUCUAAACCAGCCCAAACAGGUGGCAAUUAAAAGGGCCAGACCAGUCAAGAGAAAAGAACCUAAUCAGAAGAGAAGCAUAUGCAGAAUUGCUGCAAAGCCAGCAAAUAGUAUAUCAUCUCAGCCAAAUGUUACACAAGGUCAUUCAUCCACCAUAACAGAUAUUCACUUUAUGAACUCUGCCAAUGAGGAUACGAGUCCCCAAACCACUACUGUCAGUACAUCUAUGGCCAUUAGUCUUACUUCAACUUGCAAUCCUUCUACAGCUGUUUGUGUCAGUUCAAAUAGUAAAUUAAUUCACAGUCCGGUUAAUUUGGCAACAAAUACAGAUUCUCUAGAGGGCAAUGAAGCAGUUCAAAGUCACAGAAAUGUUGUUGAUGCAACUCCCCCAUCUUAUAGUAAAACAGUUGGCACCCUUAAUUCUGUUACUCCCCUUGAUGAUAACUCUGUAAUUCAUGCCAGCAGUGAACCUGUUUUAACUAAUGAUAUCGAUCUUCAACAAAACAAAUCAACAGAUAGUGUUCUCUCUUCUCGGUGUAACACAUUGAACAGGGCUGUUACUUCUUCCACAAAAUCAAUGAUGAACGAUAACUCUUCAUCCAGUGCACUAAUUUCUCAAGAUAAAUCAACAGUCAGCAGUUGUUCUACUAGUUGCAUACGAACAGAAUCAAGUCCUAAUUUAUUUCAGAACAGAACCACACUCACAAGUGUCAAUCCUACAGAAAAUAGUUUGAAGAUUUCCUCUGUCGAAACUGUACUUCUCCAACCCAUGAACACACCUUCAAGCACAAGUGCUGAUCCAACAAAGAGUCUAGAAACAGGAUCCCUCUUGGCAAAGGUUCCACAGGUUCAAACGGAGUCUGCAAUAUUAAAAGCUAUAAACACUUCACAGAUGCAGACAUCUUUUGUUUUGCAUCCCACAUCAUCAGCUUGUUCAGAUCCAUCAGAUACAACUCCUCCAGUUCUACACCAGGAAUCCAGGAAUUUGAACACAUUCAACAAGCUUCUUAAGCAUUCAGAAGCUAAUAUGCCGGUGACAACUGCUAGUCAGAUUAAUUCUGUUAAUGUCAAAAUUAGUCAAUCAAAUUCCAGCAAAGACCUUAGCAGAGGUGAACAUUCAAGUGCUACCAGAGAAAACAUACCUGAUGCAGAUUCCUUCUUGCAAAAAGACACCAUUCUUUCACAGGAGGUAUCAACAAUGGGAAAUGAAUCAUAUGAUUCCUCGCUAGUUCAGAAUAGACAGACUGAUUCACCAACAGCAGGAACUUCAAGCAACAGAGGCUUUUCAGUUGCAUCACUACUUCCAACUGGUCAGAAUAUUACUGCAUCUCCUAAUACAUUUGCAUCUUUUAGUUUCACCUCUGAGCAGGCAGAAAUCUUAGCAAUGGCUGCAAGGGCUAUAUUUGAACAAGACAGCCCAGGAAGGAAAAGCGAUGUCUGCAGUAGUGAAAACCCAUCAAGUACAACUGCCCCCAGAUGGGAUCUCCCCAAACCCCAGCAAACACCUAUAAACAAAGAAAGGGUGUCAAGUCAACAGUUAAAGCAGGCAAAUCAAGGUGACGUAACAGUGUCAAAGUCUUCAUCACUAGUUGAGAUUUCUGGCAUCAAUACAUCUGGUGUCCAGCUUCCUCUGAACACUGCUUAUUCUCAGUCACAAGCUAGUACUCUCACUAGUCUAAAUGUUAAUAAUCUCAUCAGGCCAAGCUCUGUCCAGUCUUACCCAGGGUCUCCAAACAUUGGUCAGCAAGUAUCUGUUCCAUCACCAGGGGGACCAAUUCUAGUGUCUCAGGCAUCAUCACAGGUCACCCAAAGCUGCUCUGGCCCAACACAACUUAAUGAAUAUACACCUUUGAAAAGUGCACUAAUGAGAAUUCACAUAGGUGAUGGAAUAUCUGAACGUCAUCAAAAGGAUAUGCCAAAAAGGUCUGCCCAAGAGGACCUUGUUCUUCCUUUAAACAAACGCUCAAAACCAUGCCCGUCUGGUAGUAUUGCUCGGAUAGAUGUUAAGGGGUCUGAACAUGUCCAAACAAUGUCUGGACAAAUUCCCCCAAAUUCCUCAUCGGUUAUGACUGGAAACCAUUCUGACGGAGGAGCUGCCCUGUUUUCUGGAAACACUUUUAUGACCACUGUGCUUCGCCCAUCUGAAGGACACUGCCCUUCUCAGCUGACACUGCAUGAACAAAACCAACCUAGUGUGUUACACUUACAACAGGGACACCUACAACAUAACACACCACAAUCUGGACAGAUCCUGGCAGGAAGCCAUUACCUAAAACAUCAACACCACCAAGAACAACAGAGACACCUCUAUCAACUUCAGCAUCACCUUACACAACCAGACACCCAGCUCCACAAUAUUCAACAGAGGACUCUGCUGCAAGAACAAAAUGCCCAUAAAAAGAGAGUUGUACGAGGUGGUCAGACCGGACCACCUGUUAAUUUGCAAAAGCAGCAUCAUUUGGAGAAGAAUCGUGUGCAGCAUCAACCACAGCAGCAGUCUCAACAGCACCAACAGCAAGCUCAGCAGCACCAACAGCAGCAGCAACAAUCACAGCAGCACCAACAUCAGCAGCAACCACAACACCAACAGCAAAAACCGCAGCAGCUUCAACAACAACAACAGCAGCAGCAGCAACAAAUGCAGCAACAAGGUUCACAUCCAAGGCAUCAACAUCUUCAGCAACAACUUCAGCACUUUAGUAGACAGGAAAAGAAUUGUGAGGGCCAACAAGCAGCCCCCAGGACUCAUCAGAAUAAUCAUUUGAGUCAGCAAGACCGCCAACCAGGACAGGAUCAUGGGGCUAUGCAAAGGUUAAUGGGAUCGCGCACUUUAGAUCAGCAACUAACUUCACAGGCUAAUAAUCCUGUUUCGCGUUCUACAGACCUUGCUUGUACUCCAUCACGACAGGAGCGUCAUCGGCUGUCUAGUUAUUCUGCUGAGGCACUAAUUGGGAAGACUUCAUCUGCUGGUGACCAACGUAUGGGACUUCAUACAUUGCAGACUGCUCGUGGCAAUUCACAGGAUCAGUCUGAAUUACAGGGUUAUGUUGAUUCCUCACAUGGGAAAGGAAAUAUUAGUCAUAACAAUCAAGGCAGACUAACCCAAGAACACUCAGGGGCUCCAGACAUUCAACGGAUAUCAGAGCGUUUACCUUUCAAGACACUUGGCAAUGGGCCUCAAAUAAACAACUUUGAAGUGUCUCGCAGUGGAGAUAUGACCAGUAAAUCUGUGGCUUCAGCUCAGAGGGGUCCUCAGCCACAAACUGGAUUUAGAAUGGGAGCUGGUUCUUCUGGUGAUGGACGUAUUCGUGGUACAUAUGGGACCCAUCCUUCAGCACAGGGGCUGCAACCUGGAGCAGGGUUGCCACGUGAGCAGGACUCAUGUCAUCAGAGCUUUAUGCAAUCUCUAUUGGCUCCACACCUUCCUGAACAAACUGGUCACCAGAGAGCUGCACAAGGCUGUCCCCCAGUGAGUAUAGAGUACAACUGCAUACCAGGAGUUUCUUCUGGGGAACUUCAGGCUAAAGUCUCAAGCCCUAAUUUACACCCUACACAAACGGCUCCCCCCAUGCAUCUUGGGGACAACAAUAAAGGGCACAUUUCUCAGGUUAGUGGAAAUAUACAUGGUUCAUCUGUAAGAUCAGUUUUGCCCCAUCCUCCCCCAACUCCACACAGUAGCUCUGAUGCAGGCCGUGCUCAAGGCUCUUCCAGGUCGCUUUCAACUGUCAGUCAGAGAACCCAUCAUAUUGGGCCAGAUCCCCAGAGCUCAAAAAUCCGCCCAGGGGAUCGACCAAGGUCUGGCAAUUUGAGACCUGUAAAUACAUUUGAACCUGAAAGUCCAUUGCCGCUUCCAUCAAGUGGGGGAGUACUGCUUGGACGGCCACAGUCAGGUGGUGAAUCUCGACGCAGGAGUAUUGUGCGUUUCAUGCCGGAUGGUGCACAGGUUGGCAGUGACAGCAACUUGGUUUCUGAUCAACAUCUCACCCAGAACUUUGGCUUUUCCUUUAUUGGUGAUGGCGGUAUGAAUCCUCCACCUCCGAUUAAUGCAAAUGCGUCUUUCAUUCCCCCAGUCUCACAGUCCAGUGCCUCGCGUACCCCUGCUCUACUUCCUGUGGAGCCUCAGAACACUCUGCCUUCUUUCUACCCUUCAUAUUCACCUGCUGCUCAUCCAAGCAUUCCAAAUGAUAUUCCUAUACAGUAUUUUUCUAACCAGAUAUUUACUAGUCCAAGUGCUGAUAAGAGUAGCACUACUCCACUAAACAAUCGCUUUGGAUCUAUUCUUUCUCCACCCCGUCCUGUGGGCUUUGCACAGCCAAGCUUUCCGCUGCUGACUGAUAUAACACCAAUGCCCAUUGCAAACUCCUCAGGCAUUACUCCUCAUUUAUCCAACUUUAACCUGACCUCUCUCUUCCCUGAUAUAGCUUCAGCGAUGCCCCCUGAUGGUUCCUCAAUGCCAAUGUCCCCUCUACUGUCACUUGCAAAUACUUCCUCCUCAGACUCUAGCAAACAGUCUAAUCGCCCAGCUCACAACAUCAGCCACAUUCUUGGGCAUGAUGGGACCUCUGCUGUUUAAUUUAUAGUAGCAAAGAAAAUAUGGUUUACGGCAGCAUGACAUUAAAAACAUUUCUUCUAAAAGCCUAUGCAUAGAUCAGCUCUAAUUGAACUCGUGUUUGCUAGAAACAUGAAUAACAACGGAGUUGUUGAUGCCUAUGUGACUAAAGAAGUUACUAAUUUACAUUAUGCCACAAUACAUUCAAGCAGUUUUUGUGAACGGUCAUAAGCCUUCACUGAUUGUGGAAUGCCCUGCGAUGGGUUGGCACUCCGUCCAGGGUGUAUCCUGCCUUGAUGCCCGAUGAUGCCUGAGAUAGGCACAGGCUCCCCGUGACCCGAGAAGUUCGGAUAAGCGGUAGAAAAUGAAUGAUUGUGGAAUACGGAUUUAAAGGACUUGGGAGUUUCCGAGUUUUCUCCAUCUCUUAAAGAGACUAAAGAUCUUUUUUUUAUUGAUUAACAGAAUACAAGUUAAAAUAUUUUUACUUAUUUAUGGAAAGUGUGUUUUUGUAGAUAUUUGUAAAUAUACAAAGGUGAUUAUUAAAAUGGUUUUGUUUUGUAAA